AAAAAUUCUCCACCAAGAUCUGAAAUGGUCACUCAAAUAACGAACAACUACAUCCCACACUGAGUUUACACUUACAUCAUGUCGCUCUUUCUUGGUAAUUCCUUGCAAUACUCACAGGCUACAGUAGAUCCCGAAAAGUUGAAGUUGGCAGAGGUGCAAUUCACAGCUACUGCCCAUACAUUCAAUAAGCUUCUUCAAUCCUGUGCCAACAAGUGUCUUGUUCAUGAAUACGGCGAAGGUGAAUUACUGAAAGGUGAACAAGAAUGUAUUGAUAGAUGUGCCGCUAAGUAUGUACGGGCUAAUUUUCUAAUUGGGAAACAUUUCCAAGAACAAAGACUUGAUCCUAUGAGCUCGUUGGUCAAUUAUGAGAUAUAUAGGAAGUGAAGUUGCUGGCAAGCUUGAGAAAAGAGACGAAAGAGAACAUAACAAAGACUGUAUAUAGAUGUGGUUGUACAUUAGCAUAAUAAAGAUAGUAAUAUAAAGAGAGUUGUAGGUUGUAUAAGCUGGCAGAACAGGUUCUUCGCGACAUCCGAUAAAUCUUAA